AGUUCAUCACAAGCAGUAUGGUGCAACUGGGAGCUGCUGUUUUAAUCGCCUUUAUAGUCUGGAAUCCUUACGGAUCCCAGGCAAAGUCCUCGGAGGAACUGGUUGCGACACCACGGCUAAGUGUUUCAUUUCAAGACAUGAUUCCAUUGCUAGAUUACAUUACCAUGCACCGCUGCAAGGAAGCAGAUAAACUAGCAGGGUUGGAGGCCAAGCAAACGGACAUGCAGACGUCCUUGGUAUCUUUGUUGGAAGGACGCCUCGAUGAAACUCUGGAAAAACUAGCAGGGUUGGAGGCCAAGCAAGCGGACAUGCAGCAGUCAUUGGCAUCUAUGUCGCAUAAUGAAAACUUGGAUCAGGAAACCAUAAUAGACGCCAUUGCUAACAGCGUUCAAGUGAAUUUGGCUGAGAGGCUUACCAAUUUGGAAGACAAGACGGCAGCGAUUAAGGACACCUUGGACAACAAGCAAAUGGAGUCUGCGCUGUCCAGCCAAUUAGCAGCCAUACAGGAAAGCCUCAGCUCCAUUCAAUCAUCAUCUUCAAUAGCCAGCAUAGUGCCGGCGAAGUUUAGGCAAAUAGGAUCGAAGCUGAUUUACGUCGAGAAUAAUUUGAUGGUAAACUGGGUUACAGCUGCACGUAUGUGCCGUGCUAUGGGAGGGUAUCUGGCCUCCAUUGACGACGAGGAUGAUCUUGCCGAGAUCCGUUCGAAUUUGUAUAGCUAUCGCUACUACUGGCUGAGCAGCAUUGAUUUGGAGGGGGGUGCUGAUAAUUCAGACAACAAUGAGAUCAGCAAUACCUGCGUUGAACUCAGUAAUAAUGAAACAAAGGAUCAAUUAUGUACUUAUGAGAAUUUCUUCAUAUGCGAAAGUGCAGUGUAGAUGUUUUUGAAAAUAAAUUGUCUUUGCAUUACUUCAAUA